CCCGGGGCCGCUUCCGGCCUGGAGGCGGCGUGGCCCUCCGGCAGCUGCUGCGCGCGGUCCUCUGCAGGGCACGCGGUGGUCACGGCUUCUCUUCUCCCCGCCCUGGCAGCUGCGGCGGGGACUCUCCUCGGGGCUUCCGACCGGCCGGAGAAGCAGCCAUGUCUGCCGUGGGCGCCGCAGCGCCCUACCUGCAUCACCCCGGCGACGGGUACGCGGGCCGGCUGAGCUUCCUGGGGGCCCAGCUCCCCCCGCAAGUAGCUGCAAUGCCGCGGCUCCUGGCCGACCUGGACAGAGGCACCUUCAGAAAGCUGUUGAAGUUGGUGGUGAGCAGUCUGCAGGGAGAGGACUGCCGGGAGGCCGUGCAGCGCCUCGGGGCGGCUGCAGACCUGCCAGAGGAACGGCUGGGUGCCCUCCUCGCGGGCACACAUACGCUGCUCCAGCAGGCCCUCCGGCUGCCCGCCGCCAGCCUGAAGCCCGAUGCCUUCAAGGACCAGCUCCAGGAGCUCUGCGUCCCCCAAGACCUGGUCACAGACUUGGCCAGCGUGGUGUUUGGGAGCCAGCGGCGGCUCCUCAACUCUGCGGCGGGGCAGCGGGGGGCCUGGCUGCCCCGUGUCGCCGGCUUGCGGUGGAGGGUGGAUGUGGCCAUCUCCACCAGUGCCCUGGCCCGCUCCCUGCAGCCGAGCGUCCUGAUGCAGCUGCAGCUGUCGGAUGGGUCAGCCUACCGCUUCGAGGUGCCCGCCGCCAAGUUCCAGGAGCUGCGGUACAGCGUGGCGCUGGUGCUGAAGGAGAUGGCCGACCUGGAGAAGAAGUGUGAGCUCAAACUGCAGGACUGACCGGGCUUGCAGCCCCACCGCAGUCACGUGGGAGGAGCCGGCCCUUCCUGGAGGCGUCCUCAGUGAGAUGUAAGAAUCUCAUCAUGUCCUACUCGGUUCAGUUGAGGAGGUUGUAUUUUCCCUUUUUAUUGGAAAUAAAGCAACAACAAAAAAAAGUGUCCUGGGGGAUCCCUGGGUGGCGCAGCGGUUUGGCGCCUGCCUUUGGCCCCAGGGCGCGAUCCUGGAGACCCGGGAUCGAAUCCCACAUCGGGCUCCCGGUGCAUGGAGCCUGCUUCUCCCUCUGCCUGUGUCUCUGCGCCUCUCUCUCUCUGUGACUAUCAUAAAUAAAUAAAAAAAAAAGUGUCCUGGGAGGGCAUCACACUGCGCACCCCU